CGCAUCAGCGGGGGCAGCAGCACGAGCAGCAGCGCUGGCGGAGAUGCUGGCGCGGCUGGCGGGUGCGGGAGCGGGAGCUGGAGCUGGAGCUGGAGCGGGGGCCUCCUCUUCCGUAGGUGGUGCUGCUGCUGAUGUUGCCAGCGGCAGCAGUGGUGCCAGCACCGGUGCUGUUGUGAGUGCGAGGGAGGUGCUGACGGCGCUGCUGGAGGUGAUCAGCUGCCACUGCACCUCCGCAUUCGGACAGGACCCGGAGGGUAGCGAGGAGGAGGAGGAGGAGCAGGACGAUGAUAGCAGCAGCAAUGACAGAAACGGCGACGAGGAAGGCGGGCGCGGCAGUGGCAUGAAGAGCAGGAGUGGCAGCAGCCCCCACAUGCAGCAGCUGGUACUGCGGCUGUGUGGCCUCAUACCGUCGCUGGUGGCUGUCGUACCGCGCCGGCGGUUGCCGUGCGCCAUGAGCUGCCUGCAGGCGGUGGCUGAUGCGGCGGAGGCGGCGGGCAGGAGGCUGGCGGGGUACCGCGGGGCUGCUACCGCUGCUGCUGCUGCUGCUGCUGCUGCUGCCGGUGCAUGGGCUGUAGCAGCAGGUGGCAUGGGAACCGCUGGCAGCCCUGUGCAGAUGCAGGUGCAGGCGGAGGUAGCGGAGGAGGUAUUUGAGGCGGCGAAGGAGGCGCUGUGUCGGCCGUUUGUGGAGUUUGCGGAGGAGCUAUACCAGCAGGUCCUCUCUGUUGAGUUGCCACCCCUUCAACCCACAAACCCCACCUCCAUCUCCACCUCCUCCACCACAUCUACCUCGCUUUCAUCGCAGUCCCAGCCUCAUUAUGCCCGCGAUAGGGCCCGUGUGGCCGCAUGGCUGGUAGCCCUGAUGGGGGCCCUAUGGGCCGCAUGGGAGCCGCAGGAGGUCAGGUCCCACCGAACCACAUCAGCGGCGGCAGUGCCGACCCACGGGUCAUUCGGGCUCCAUCCGGAGAUCUUUGGAACGACUGG